CUGGUUCCUCGGCGGUCCGCGGCGGCGGCGGCGGCGGCGGAGGCGACAGCGACGGCGACAUGGAGAGCGGGGCCUACGGCGCGGCCAAGGCGGGCGGCUCCUUCGACCUGCGGCGUUACCUGACGCAGCCGCAGGUGGUGGUGCGCGCCGUGUGCGCGGUCUUCGCCUUGAUAGUGUUCUCCUGCAUCUUUGGCGAGGGCUACAGCAAUACCCACGACUCCAAACAGAGAUACUGUGUGUUCAACCGCAACGAGGACGCCUGCCGCUACGGCAGUGCCAUCGGGGUGCUCGCCUUCCUCGCCUGUGCCUUCUUCUUUGUGGUCGACGCCUAUUUCCCCCAGAUCAGCAAUGCCACUGACCGCAAGUACCUGGUCAUCGGCGACCUGCUCUUCUCAGCUCUCUGGACCUUCCUGUGGUUCGUUGGCUUCUGCUUCCUUACCAACCAGUGGGUGGCCACCAAGCCGGAAGAUGUGCUGGUGGGAGCCGACUCAGCCCGCGCAGCCAUCACCUUCAGUUUCUUUUCCAUCUUCUCCUGGGGUGUGCUGGCCUCUCUGGCCUACCAGCGCUACAAGGCCGGGGUGGACGACUUCAUCCAGAACUACGUGGACCCCACUCCAGACCCCAGCACGGCCUACACCUCCUACCCAGGCCCGCCUGCGGACAGCUACCAACAGCCGCCCUUUACCCAGAAUGCUGAGACCACCGAGGGCUACCAGCCACCCCCUGUGUACUGAGUUGCGGCGGGGAUGGUAAGGCGCGCAGGGAGGGUGCCUGGGGGGCACCCCUCCAUCCUGAACUCCUCCCACGAGGUUUGCCUCCUGGAGUUGCCAGGUCGUCUCAUCCAAAACGGUGCCUGCCAGAGCCACACGCAGCCUAGAGAGCCCCUGCCUCCCGUGCCCUGAAGUGCCCGUGCCCAAGGGCUGCCCCACCCCUCCUCAAGGGCACUUUUUAGAAAAGUGUUUUUAGCUAGACGUCUGUCAUUGCUUGUGAUGAUCCCCACCCCCCUGGAGUAGCCAGAAGUGCCUGACAUACUAUUCGCCAAGUGCCUUAGCUUCUCCCCGGCCCAGCCACGGUGGCUGCAGUGACUUGGGAUUCUCUGCCAAAGAUGAGACUGGGGGGUCUUCUACCUGCUCCGCGGCUGGUGCAGGGCUGGGGCGCCCUUCCUCUUCACUCAGGUUUGUUCCCGCCCCUGGCUCAGUUGUGCCCCCCGCCUGCCCUAGAGCAGGCAGCCCGUGCUCACUGCGUGUCUGCUCACUCGUGGAUCUGGAGUCACUACCCGAUGCCAGUGCCUCUGGGCCACCAUCCUGGUAGCCAUGGGGCAGGGCUGGUGCCCACCCCAGGGGACACUGGGCAGCACUUCCUGCUCUGUGCUCCCAUCCCCUGGCAGCAGGGAGGGGCUUUGCCCGACAGCACCCAGCUUUAUGUAUAUAUCCUGCCACUGUUAGGAGGUGUGGGGUGCACCCACAGCCCCCAGGCUGUUCUGAGUGUGUUAAAAAGCUUUGGGGGAAGACACAGGGCACCCUUGGGUUGUGUUAGACUGGUUUGAAGAUGGAAUAAAUGUUUUCUCAUUCAUAAA